AGUGUCCUGACGCCAUUGUUCCGGGUUGGCGCGGGUUACGGACUGGGGUCAACGCAUGUGGAGGAACAUUCUGUGAUUAAACUACAGUGGAGUCGUGUGGUUUUCGUCAUGGUGAAGUUAUCUGCGGAGCUCAUCGAGCAAGCCGCUCAGUACACUAACCCGGUGAGGGACCGAGAGCUGGAUCUAAGAGGUUAUAAAAUCCCAGUGCUUGAAAACCUGGGAGCGACUUUGGACCAGUUCGACACCAUCGACUUCUCCGAUAAUGACGUCAGAAAACUGGACGGGUUCCCUCUGCUCCGACGGCUGAAAACACUGUUAAUGAACAACAACCGCAUCUGUCGUGUAGGUGAGAACCUGGAACAGUCUCUGCCGGGUCUGACAGAACUGGUUCUGACCAACAACAACAUCCAGGAGCUGGGCGACCUGGACCCUCUGGCCUCCGUGAAAACACUGACACUUCUAAGCUUGUUACGGAACCCGGUGACAAACAAGAAGCACUACAGGUUGUACGUCAUCAACAAGAUCCCACAGAUCCGAGUCCUGGACUUCCAGAAGGUCAAACUGAAGGAGCGUCAGGAGGCCGAGAAAAUGUUCAAGGGCAAACGAGGCGCUCAGCUGGCAAAGGAUAUAGCCAAGAGAACGAAAACGUUCACUCCGGGAAUCGCAGCACAGGCUGAGAAGAAGAGGAGCGGACCUUCACAAGCAGACGUGGAAGCCAUCAAGAACGCCAUUGCCAACGCCUCAUCAUUGGCUGAGGUGGAGCGCUUGAAGGGGAUGCUCCAGGCCGGACAGAUCCCAGGACGAGACCUGAGACCAGGUGGGAUGGUGGAGGAGGAGGAGGAGCAGGAGGAGGAGGAGGCAGAGCCAAUGGAGGGUCACAUGGGUGGAGGAGUGGAGGAGGACAUGGAUGAAGGAGAUCAAGAUGGAGACGAUGACGACAUGGAGGAGACGCACGUCAAUGGGUCCUGAUCUGUUUGGUUUAGUUCUGUAUGUGUUGAUUCUAUGUUCGUUGACUGUUUGAAAUUUGUUCAAGUGAAUCCAUUAAAAUCUUUUUUUUUUUUUA